CGGGUGAGAGGUCAGACCGAAUUCCUAUUUUACACCGACCGCCUACCUCACCGCAGCAUCCCGGGACAAUGUGACCCAUCUGGUUCACCUUCAAUAGCUAGUUUGGACUGUUCAACGUGGAAAGCUGUGCCAGUAGAGUGCACCAGCUACGUCGUCUGGCUGCGGCAAAACAUCUCUGCACUUAGCAGCUGCACUGGGAGUGUCCUUCACCCCGUGUUUUUCUGAGCCAUGCGACAGUGGUGCCUACCAGCCGUGGCUCCACGCACUGAACCGCUCCCUACGGGCCGACUGUCUCCGCUCUCAGAUGCCAGGAUGGAGUGUUGUGAUGUGGAGCCUCGCUACACCAUAGAGCAGAUUGACCUCCUUCAGCGACUUAGACUUUCAGGCAUGACCAAACCGCAGAUCAUUCAGGCUCUAGACUCUUUGGAGCGGCUCGAUUCUGACCACCGAUCCCCCUCCUGCUGUGACAGCCACCCUGCCCCUCCCAGUGUUGUUACCAAUACAGCAACAGUUGCAUCUUCAUCAUCAUCAUCAUCUUCCUCUCUCACCUCCGCCACUACACAGACCCCGGUGAUUGAAGCCUCUCUGUCACCAAGCAACAGCUAUGAGGCCUCACCUCCACCCCUCUACCCCCCUAGUGGAGUACAGCGUUCAUUUAGCUAUGACCUGCCAGAGGAGGACUGGGACCUGGAGGAGAAGGUGGAGGAGUACAUGAGGAGAGAUAGCAACUUGGUGAAGGAGGAGAUCAAGGCCUUUUUGAAUAACCGGAGGAUCUCUCAGGCCAUUGUCGGACAGGUCACAGGCAUCAGCCAAAGCUACAUCUCCCAAUGGCUGCUGCAGCAGGGUUUGGAGAUGAGCGACUCAAAGCGCAGAGCCUUCUACCGGUGGUACCUGCUUGAGCGCAACAGCCCAGGAAUCAGGUGGAGCGAAAGCCAGCACAUGCAGACCCCUAGGAGCAGGAAUGAUGCCCCUUGGAGUAGGCAGAGGGAACUGCUGCUGCACCUGCUGCCAUGGUACUCUGCCCACCAGCAGGCUCAGACAGGAGCUACAUUGUCCAUGCGCUCCUUGGUGAAAGAAGAACCUGACUGGAGAAUGGGAGGUAGCCCUGGUGAUCGGGGAAUAAUGGGCGGGCCUUUCCGGCUGCGCAGAGGGAGUCGAUUUACAUGGAGGAAAGAGUGUCAGUCAAUCAUGGAGAGUUUCUUCAUGGAGAAUCAGUAUCCUGAUGAGGCUAAGAGAGAGGAGAUUGCCAAUGCCUGCAACUCUGUCAUCCAGAAACCAGGCUGCAAGCUGUCCGAGUUUGAGCGUGUUACAGCACUGAAGGUGUACAACUGGUUUGCUAAUCGCAGGAAGGAGAUGAAGAGACGAGCCAACAUUGAGGCAGCUAUCUUGGAAAGCCAUGGCAUAGAGGUGCCCAGCCCCAGCUGUCACUCAAAUGGGGAGGAUACAGAGCCACAGGAGUUUCCUGAGCAGCCUCAGCGUUUCACUGAACAGGAGGAGCUGGCUCAGAGGAAGGACACUGAACAAGAUGGAAGCUCAUUGACUGCUAUGGAGGUACCACCCCUCCCUAGUCCUUCCACCCAGCUGGUUGAUCAGAAGUUCGAGGAGUCCAAACGAGAGGCUGUAGAUGAGGAGUGACGAGGGGAAACCACUCCUUAGGACAGGACAGACCUCCUCAGUGGGACAUGGUUUGGUGAGAAGCCUAGCCAGGAGACCACACCAAAAUACUCUUGUGCCUCCAGUGGUAGGGAGGCCACUGUAUGUAACUACAGGAAUAAUGCUUAUAGUACUGGCAAUAUUUAUCUCUAUAUAUUGUGCAUUCCAAGGUCCUCAGACAGGGAGAGAAGCAGAUGUGGUGCAAACUGGUAAUCUCCACUUCUCCCUUUAAUCUAAAGCCUCACUCUCCUUACUAUUCUCUCACUGUUUUUAUGGUUUAGUGCUUUGUAUGUGCAUAAGGUAGAGCUGAGAACCUGCAGGACAGGUGUGUUAGUUGGGUUGAAGGGCCAUAUUACACACUGUAGAGCCGGGUGAUGGUCCCCUCACUUGAGGGUGAAGGUCAAAGGUUAUUGGUUGGUUGGCCCUGAAAGAAGAGCAACAACUCAGGAAAACUCAAGCGGAAAAUGUGGGGGAAAACAAGAAAGAAUUUAUGUCUCUCUGUGCAUUUAAUAUAAUUUUAACAAGUGGAAUCUUACAUCAUGGUGGCUUCCAGUGUUUUAUGGGCACUUCCUCACAUCUGAGUCAGUGUGCCAUAUAUGUUACUUUCUUUAAUUGUUUUAUAUAUCAGUAAGUUGACUGCUAUCUAGUUUUGUGCAUGAUAACCUUGAGCUAGCAGAAGCAUAUGCCAUUUUUUAUUUUAUUUUAUCAAGUAGAAACAGCCAACUCAGUACAGUCAUUAAUUAUGUUUACUGACUGCUAUGGGCUACCAAAAUUAUUUGAAUUUGUUUUUUUGUUUUUAUACAUAUAUGAUUGUAUUCUUAAGCACUUUCCAUCAUAAGCUAUAGUGCAGUAUAUACGACUAUACAAAGCUAUACUCUCACAUUAUAUAUUUCGCAUCUAAUGCUAUAUGCUGCUUUUACAUGCCGCUCAGCCUUUUUGGCCAGAAGCUGUUUCCUCACCUCAGCCCUUCUUAAGCCAAAGCUAUACUGAGGUGAAUAUGCACAGUUAAUACCUUUAUGGAACGGGGGAAAUUGUGGGGCUUAAUCAGAUGUUCAGAAGGCUUAAAUUAUCUUUAACAUCACAGUGAGAUAAAAUGAGAAUUGUGAUAAAAUCGGAAUUCUGUGCUCAUAGUUAUAACUCAUCUUUAUGCAGCACCUUGCCACCCCCCUUUGUCAGCAUUACCUAGUGAUGACACAAAAUAAAAACAUCUGUAAAGAAA